AGCCUAUAGCACAAAUUGUAGUUUGCAUUUUGGCAACACGGCGCACUACAUUCAAAGCAUCCGUCCUAUCCGUCUUAUCAGUGGCUCGUUACCCAACUCGUUAUUCUUGCAUUUAGUGCGGCACGGUUCACUUCGUUCCUCGACCUCCAAAAUCAGUGUUACGUUAUAUUCCGAACAUGGGAAAAAACAAAAAACGCCCUUCGGACACGGAAAUGUCCGUCUUGAAAAAGAAAAUGCGAAAAAUGCAGCGCUUCAUGAGUGAAUUUGCAGAAAAAUUCAAGGAUGACUCGUCGUCGGAUUCAGGAACGUCACAAUCGGAGUUUUCACGCAAUGACUCAUCAGCUUCAGACCCCGAUAACGUUUCGAAUGUAUCUCCCGUUCAGCUUACUCAAGCCGAGGUUCAUAAUAACACAGAAAUCGAUACGUUAUUAGGAGAGAGUCCUCUAGUCCAAUCAGCACUCGGCCCACCGAUUCUUGACGAAUUAUCGGUUAGAUGGACAUCCUUUUUGAGAAUUGGGUUAGACAAGGACACCAAAGAGACUUGGUGUCUUCUAGAAAACUGCGCCGCUCUGGCAAGUCCCGUCAUGAAUCCCGAAAUACAGUUGCUACUUUAUGCAAAUGAGGCCAAAUCAGAUUCCUAUAUGAGCCAUCUUCAAUCAACCGUGGGAAGGGGUUUGUCUGCUCUUGGUCCAGUCCUAACUAAGCUGCUGAAUAAGGAGUCUAUUAUAGAUAUCAAUACCUUAAUCCCUGACUUAGUAGACGUCUCAAAGUUUAUGGGUCAGACGCAUUAUUUACUGUGGCAACACAGGCGACAUAUGGUUUAUCCGAAGCUCAAUCCGUCUAUCCAGAAGGUAGCAAAAGAUUGUCCAUUAGACUCCUACCUUUUCGGGGAGAACCUAACAGAUCGUUGUAAGGCGGCACAGUCCUUGCAAAAAUCAUGUCUGGAAAUGAGAGCUGCAUCAGCAAAAUCAUUCGAUAAGACUCAACCGAGUGCUUCAAAAAACCGAUCUGCUCAGCCUCCAAGGUCCAAAUACAAGAAACCGGAGGGGUCAGCCAAAUCCAAAAAUCAAGAUCAGAGACAGCGGACCUACAGAUCCAGCGGCAAGAUGCCCAGCUACUCAUACUACCGGAACAACCGUCAACGCCACUAGAGCCACCCAUUAUGGUCAUCAAUUACCCUGGUCGCAGGAAUUUUAUCAGGGAAGCGUUGCUAAAACGAGGUGCUCCAGAGCCGGCGAUUGAAACCUUAAUGUCCUCGCUGUCAGAUUCAACCUUGGCCCAGUACAACAGUGCUUAUGCCAAGUGGUGGAAUUUUUGUGUAAUGAAACACCGUGACAUCUUUAAUCCAAGCGUUUCAGCGGUUCUGGAAUUUUUGGAAAUUCAAUUUCGGGCAGAUUAAAACUAAAAGCAGACAACAGCCGUUUUUAAGUCGAUUCUAACGUCCACAUCUCUCCAAUUCGAAACAUCUUCGUCUUUGUUAUAUCUUAACAGCGCUAAAACACGUGCGUUAAUUAAUUUUCGCAAACGACAGAUAAAAACUUUUACUCUACUUCUAAUACCUUAUCUAUACUGAACAAUUAAAAACCGAUAACAUUUAUACAAGAAUUAAAACGAAAACUACAUAAUUACAAACAUUUCUAAAAAGGUAAAACAAACACUGAGAUACAAAUUCAAGUACUAUAAAUCAACUUUUUGUUUAUUUGUAAAAAAAAUCCCCCAGAUUUACUUAAUAAAUUGAAAUAUUCUCACAUACAGGACCAUUAUUUAUGGUGCUUAGACUGAAAUCAUCUGUAUACUUUAAUUGAGCAUAUAUUAGAUACUUGUGCACCUAUGAAAACGAUAGUUACAAAAAAGAAAAUAUAA